GCACGCAAUUUGACUAUGUUGCCCAGCGCAAGUGUGCCCAUAGCAUCCAUAGUCCAUAGGUCCACACGGUACCUUACUUAUGUGCCGUGUGCAAUAAACCGGUGUGGCACGCGCGGGACGCAGGGGGCGGUGCCAGUGCUCAUUGCGCUCGUUGAUCCUUGCGCAUCACCGGUGUCGCUCCCCUGCUCCCGUCUUGCUUUCUCUACAGUGCAACAAAAAGCGGAUCUAGGGUGCUGUAUGAAGAUGGCCCAACAAAAGGUUCCUGAAGUCCUACAGACGGUGUUUAGCAUUGUGGACCAGAAGAAGACUGAGCUGAUCGACCUUCUGCGUGAGGCAGUGGCCAUCAAAAGUGUCUCCGGCUGGCCUGAUGCACGAAAUGAAGUUGUCCGCAUGAUCCAUUGGAUGAAAGAGAAACUCGAGAAGGAGGGUGCCACGUGUGAGCUUAAGGAGCUUGGGGAGCAGAAAUUGGCUGAUGGAACCAAGCUUAAGCUGCCUCCUGUGAUGCUUGGCCACCUGGGCGCUGAUCCUACCAAGAAGACACUCCUUGUCUAUGGGCAUCUUGACGUACAGCCUGCAUUACUGGAGGAUGGCUGGGACUCUGACCCUUUUGUGUUGACGGAGAGAAAUGGCAAGCUUUAUGGACGAGGUGCUUCAGACGACAAGGGUCCAGUGCUGGGCUGGUUGCACGCCAUUCGUGCAUACAAGGCAGCUGGCGUUGAUAUUCCGGUCAACCUGAAGUUUGUUUUCGAGGGCAUGGAGGAGUCAGGCUCGCUUGGGCUGGAUGAGCUGCUGUACAGCCUCAAGGACACAGAUUUCUUCAAGAAAGUGGACUACGUCUGCAUUUCUGACAACUACUGGCUCGGAAAGGACAAACCAUGCCUCACCUAUGGACUCAGGGGCCUGUGCUACUUUGCUGUUGAAGUCGAGUGCGCCAGCAAGGACCUCCACUCAGGCGUCUUUGGAGGCUCUGUACACGAAGCCAUGGCUGACCUGACGCACUUGAUGAGCCAGCUGGCCGACCGCACUGGCAAGAUUUUGAUCCCAGGAAUCAUGGACGAUGUUGCCCCUCUCACUGACAAGGAGCGUAAGCUCUACGAGAGCAUCGACUUUGACAUGGAGGGGUACCGAAAGGACAUAGGUGCUUCUGAACUCCUGCACGCAACAAAGGAGGACAUUCUUAUGCACCGCUGGAGAUACCCAUCACUUUCUCUACAUGGUGUGGAGGGUGCCUUUUACGGAGCAGGCGAGAAGACUGUGAUCCCUCGCAAGGUAGUUGGCAAGUUUUCAAUCCGCAUAGUACCCAACCAGGAGCCCGCCAAGGUCGAGGCUCUGGUCAAAAAGCAUAUUGAGAAGCUAUGGAAGCAGCAUGGAAGCCCCAACAAGAUCAACGUUCACAUGGCUAGCGGUGGCCGGUGGUGGAUCAGUGACCCUUUCUCGGCCAACUUUGAGGCUGGAAAAGCAGCCACUAAGCACGUUUAUGGUGUGGAGCCUGACAUGACGAGGGAAGGCGGCAGCAUCCCGGUGACGCUGACAUUGCAGGAAGUGACCAACAAGAGUGUCAUCCUGCUUCCUAUGGGGGCCAGUGACGACGGGGCCCACUCGCAGAACGAGAAGAUUGACGAGCGAAACUACAUCGAGGGGUCCAAGCUACUGGCUGCCUACCUCUACGAAAUUUCUCAGUUGAAGUGAAGCAUCCCCGUUACCUGCCCUUUCAGCUGCGACUGUUUCACGAAGCAGACUCUCGGCGGGGACACCACGCCUAUUUACACAACUGAAGUCGUUUCCUUCACUGGUGUAUAGUAUUAGCACUUCAGGCCAGUUGAGGAAUUGAGAUUCGUAGUCUCAAAAUAUUCUUGUGAUUUGCAAGAGAUGCAUGUGGAAAUUUUUAAUGUAUUUUACGUAAGCCUGGUAAUUUUUUAUUUCUGACACGUUCGAGAUUAUUUUACAUGAAUUUGCAUAUUUUACCCAAGACAAUUGUAUUUAGGUGUACUUCUCGAAAUAAAUAUUUUUUAUACACAGUU